GAGGGCGCCCGCCGCCAUCUUGGGAACGGGCAGGGAGUGAGGGCGUGAUGCCGCCGGCCGCCAUCUUGGGAACGGGCGAGCGCGGGAAUUCCGUGAGGGGAGCCUUUAAAUUUUAACAUAAACAUUUACUAUUAGUUUCCUCAUUAAGUGGGGUUUUUGGUGACGUCAUGGGGAUGACCCUCCUGCCUUGCAGGUGUCAAUUUUUGUCACCUUGCUUAAAUUAUGUUUUUUAAAUACAGCCAAGCUGUCGCCAUACUGAAAAGAAUUGUGAAAUAAACGCUGAAGCAAAAAGCGGGGGAAAUAAGACAUGAAUUAAAGACUUUCUCUGAUCCUUUUUGCAGCGUCAUUCCAGACAACUUCCCAACGUACUUUAUAACGUGACUUAACAAACGUCACUUCAAGAUGUCUCAUAUUUCCGCCUUUCCUGCUAAAAACCAGGAAUACCCCCAGCAUUCUGCCCCCGCCCGUUGGAACUGAAAAGCCACACGGUAAUCGCUAAUUAAUUAAUCAAACAAGCGAGUAAUCACCGGCUCCCUGCGCGCCCUCAGCGGAACCCGGCAGUUUCCAUGGCGGCGGCGCCUGCCGUUAAGCGCGCCGGCCGGAGCUUUACGGCAGUGCCGCGGGAGGCGCUGUCAUCCGGCCGCUGCCGCACCGAGCGCGGCGGGGCCGCGGCGCCCGGGGCACGUGAGGCCCGGGAAAAAGACCGGCACCGGCACCAGCACCGGCACCCAACAGGCGCUCCGUGGCCAUGGCCGGGAACAGCCUGGUGCUGCCCAUCGUGCUGUGGGGCCGGCGCGCCCCCACGCACUGCGUCUCCUCCCUGCUGCUCGUGGAUGGCUCUGUCAUCGUCACCGGCUGCCAUGACGGGCAGAUCUGCCUCUGGGACCUGGCUCCUGACCUGCAGAUCAAUCCCAGAGCUCUGCUCUUUGGCCACACAGCCUCAGUCACUUGUUUGUCCAAGGCCUCAGCAUCCAGUGAAAAGCAAUAUAUAGUGAGUGCAUCAGAGAGUGGGGAGAUGUGCCUGUGGGACGUGAAUGACGGCAGGUGCAUCGAGUUCACCAAGCUGGCCUGCGCUCACACGGGCAUCCAGUUCUAUCAGUUCACAGUCGGCUCGCAACGGGAAGGGCGGCUCCUGUGCCACGGACAUUAUCCUGAAAUCCUGGUGGUGGAUGCAACCAGCCUGGAAGUUCUUUAUUCCUUGAUAUCCAAGAUCUCUCCUGACUGGAUCAGCUCCAUGACCAUCAUCCGCUCCAACAGGACACAAGAGGACACCGUGGUGGCCGUGUCCGUCACCGGCAUCCUCAAGGUGUGGAUCGUCACCUCGGAGCUCAGUCGGGCACAGGACACCAGCCCAGUGUUUGAGGAGGAAUCCAAACCCAUCUACUGCGAGAACUGCCAGAGCAUUUCCUUCUGCUCCUUCACCCAGCGCUCGCUCCUGGUCGUGUGCUCCAAGUACUGGAGGGUAAGGCAGAGCCCCUGGCUCCUUUUCCCUGGGGAAUCACAGUUAAACCCCAUGGAAACAUUGGGGUACAGGUGCUCAAAGUCUGUCCUCUGCUGUGUAUUUAAAUAUUUCUGGGUAUUUCAGAGCCCCUGGCUCCUUUUCCGCAGGGAUGUGGGGAAAGCCGUGGAGAGCCCCAUCCCACCUUUGUUGUCCAGCGUGUUGGACCGAGCACAGAAGCAGCUCCUGAUCUGUCCUCCUGUCACUCAGUUCUUCCGUGGACACACAGAUCUUCAAUCCAGGCUCUUAAUCCAGGGGGAUUCCUCAGGGAGACUGAGCAUCUGGAGCGUGCCUGACACCCCUGAGCAGCAGCAGGAGGGUGCAAAAGGUACCCCACAACCCUUCCUGUUUAAACCCUGCUGCUUCUGCCCCAGCUUGGAUCCUCCCCCCUUGGAAAAAUCCUCAUUAUUUCAUUCUGGCAGGGAUUCAUUUCCACUGGAUGAUCCAGAGUUAAGCUCCUCCAAGGGAGGAAUAAAAUGGAUAUCAAGGAAAAGUUUUUUACAAGGAGUUGUGGUGCAGUCACCAUCCUGGGGUGUGUUUAUAAAAAUGGGAUGUGAGGGUUGGCUCCAUGAUCUGAGAUCUCCAACCUGCGGGUGGAGCUCAGGCUCAGGGAGCACCACAAACACCCCAAGGGACACCCCCAGGGACACAACCCCAACCAGAACCCCUGGAGCUCCCUUCUCAGGGGGUUUGGGGUGGGACAAUGUUAAUUCUGUCUCCCUUGCUGCCACAGAGGUGGGUGAGGAGAGCCCACCCAGCCCAGCCAACACCCCCUGGUUCUCUGCUGAAUUCCCAUUUCUCCUCUCUUCUUGGGCAGGCUGGCCCCCUCACAGGACACUGCGAGGCCACCGGAACAAGGUCACCUGUCUGCUGUACCCUCACCAGGUGUCCUCCCGCUACGACCAGAGGUUCCUGAUCUCAGGCGGCGUGGAUUUCUCCGUCAUCGUCUGGGACAUCUUCUCUGGAGAGAUGAAACACAUCUUCUGUGUGCACGGAGGGGAAAUCACCCAGCUGCUGGUCCCACCAGAAAACUGCAGUCACAACUCGCUGAUGGUUCAGGCCAUCAAGACCAACGUGACAGACCCCGACAUCCACGUGCUGUUCUUUGACGUGGAGGCUCUGAUUGUGCAGCUGCUGACGGAGGAGGCGUCGCGGCCCAGCUCCGCUCUGCUCGCCCCCGACAGCCUCCCCAAAUCCCCGGGCGGCUCCCACAAGGGCGGCUCCUUCCUCGCCGGCAAGAGAGCGGCCGUGCUGUUCCAGCAGGUGAAGGAAACCAUCAAGGAGAACAUCAAGGAGCACCUCCUGGACGAUGAGGAUGAGGAUGAGGAGGCCACGAGGCAGAGCAGAGAGGAUGGAGAUCCGGAGUAUCGCUCCAGCAAAUCCAAACCGCUGACUCUGCUGGAGUACAACCUGACCAUGGACACGGCCAAGCUCUUCAUGUCCUGCCUGCACGCCUGGGGCCUCAACUCGGUGCUGGACGAGCUGUGCCUGGACCGCCUGGGCAUGCUGAAGCCUCACUGCUCCGUGUCCUUCGGGCUGCUGUCCCGGGGAGGCCACAUGUCCCUGAUGCUGCCCGGCUACAACCGGCCCGCGGGCGGGGUGACGGAGGGUUUGGGAAGGGGCACGUACGGGGUGUCGCGGGCGGUCACCACGCAGCACCUGCUGUCCGUCAUCUCGCUGGCCAACACGCUGAUGAGCAUGACCAACGCCACCUUCAUCGGAGAGCACAUGAAGAAAGGCCCUGCCAGGUACCCAGCGGGCUCCCCACG